AUAUCCUUUCAGAAGUGCCUUUUAGAUGGACAUGGCUGAAACUCUGAAAAUAAAAUCUUCUAAUUGCUGUUCGUUUUUUUUUUUUCAUUUCAUUAAUCCAGUUUCUGAUGGAGUUAUCGCCUUCUUCCCCUUCUUCCUCUUCAGAUUUUUAUGCAUUUCUCUUACAAACAAGCCUCAAAUCCAAAGAGCAAUUAAUGGGUAAAUCAAUCCAUGCCCAGAUGAUUAAAUUAGGCCUCAACUUUAGUGUCUACUUAAUGAACAACCUCAUGAAUUUGUACGCAAAAUCUGGGUACAUUAGUGAUGCUCACAAUUUAUUCGAUGAAAUGCCUGUGAAAAGCACAUUCUCAUGGAAUACUAUUCUCUCAUGUUAUGCAAAACAGGGAAAAAUAGGCAAGGCUCGCCGUCUAUUUGAUGAAAUACCUGAUCGUGAUUCUGUUGCAUGGACUACAAUGAUUGUGGGUUAUAAUCAAAUGGGUCUAUUUGAGAGUGCAAUAAAGAUGUUUGUAGAGAUGGUGAAGGACAAAGUUACGCCUACCCAGUUCACGAUUACUAAUGUACUUUCUUCAUGUGCUGCUACGGGGGCUCUAGGUAUAGGUAAAAAAGUGCAUUCUUUUAUCGUAAAAUUAGGGCUUAAUGGAUAUAUUCCUGUGGGGAAUUCACUUCUGAAUAUGUAUGCUAAGGCUGGAGAUUUGGUUAUGGCACAAAUUAUUUUUGAUAGGAUGAGAUUGAGGAGCAUUUCAAGCUGGAAUAUUAUGAUUUGUUUGUAUAUGCGUUCUGGCAAUGUUGCCCUUGCCCUAGCACAAUUUAAGCAAAUGAGUGAACGGGAUAUAGUUUCUUGGAAUUCGAUGAUUGCAGGAUACAAUCAGCAUGGUCUAGAUAUGGAAGCACUAGAACUCUUCUAUAGCUUGUUGCGGGAUUCUUCUCUGAAACCCGACAGGUUCACCUUAGCAAGUAUUUUAUCAGCUUGUGCCAAUGUUGAGAACUUGAAUCUCGGGAAACAAAUUCACAGUUACAUUAUUAGGAUACAGUUUGAUUUAUCUGGCGUGGUGCAAAAUGCUUUGGUCUCAAUGUAUGCGAAGUCUGGAGGGCUUGAAAUAGCACAAAGGGUUGUAGAACAUAGUGGGAUUUCAGAUCUUGAUGUUAUAGCAUUUACAGCCCUAUUGGAUGGAUAUGUCAAGCUUGGGGAUAUUGCCCCUGCCAGACAGAUUUUUGACUCAUUGAGAGAUCGGGAUGUCAUUGCAUGGACAGCCAUGAUAGUAGGUUACUUGCAGAAUGGCUUAAAUGACGACGCCAUGGAGCUUUUUAGGAAAAUGGCUAAUGAAGGACCUCAACCAAAUAGUUUUACACUAGCAGCCAUAUUGAGCGUCAUUUCAAAUGUGGCUUCUUUGAAUCAUGGAAAACAAAUUCAUGCAAGUGCCAUAAGAUCAGGGGAACAUUUAUCAGUUUCUGUGGGCAAUGCGCUGAUCACAAUGUAUGCAAAAGCUGGAAGCAUCAAUGGUGCACGGAAGGUAUUUAAUCUGAUAUGUUGGAACAAGGAUACUGUCUCUUGGACUUCAAUGAUUAUAGCUUUAGCUCAACAUGGUCUUGGAGAAGAAGCUAUAAAGCUGUUUGAGAAGAUGUUGGCACUCAACAUUGAGCCUGACCAUAUAACUUAUGUUGGUGUGCUCUCUGCUUGUACACAUGUAGGAUUGGUGGAACAGGGCCGGAGCUAUUUUAAUUUGAUGGUUAGUGUACACAAAAUUGAGCCAACUCUAAGCCACUAUGCAUGCAUGAUUGACAUGCUUGGGCGUGCUGGGUUGUUGCAAGAAGCAUUUAAUUUUAUAGAAGAGAUGCCUGUAGAACCUGAUGUUAUAGCUUGGGGUUCACUGUUAUCUUCUUGUAAGGUUUAUAAAAAUAUUGAUCUGGCAAAAGUUGCUGCAGAGAGACUGCUCCUUAUUCAGCCUGACAACGGUGGUGCAUACUCUGCCCUUGCCAAUGUGUACUCAGCUUGUGGAAAAUGGGAAGAUGCUGCUAAAAUUAGAAAGUUAAUGAAGGAUAGAGGAGUGAAGAAAGAGCAAGGAUUUAGUUGGGUUCAGAUUCAGAACAAAGUUCAUGUCUUUGGAGCUGAAGAUGGCCGCCAUCCACAGAAAGAUGAAAUAUAUAAAAUGAUGGACAAGAUCUGGAAGGACAUAAAAAAGAUGGGUUUUGUUCCAGACACCGAAUCUGUACUGCAUGACCUUGAAGAAGAAGUGAAGGAUAAACUUCUUAGAUAUCACAGUGAGAAACUUGCCAUCGCAUUUGGGCUAAUAAGUACUCCAGAAAACACCACCUUGAGGAUUAUGAAGAAUCUCAGAGUCUGUAAUGAUUGUCACACGGCUAUCAAAUUUGUCUCCAAGCUUGUGGGAAGAGAAAUAAUUGUGAGGGAUGUUACAAGAUUUCAUCAUUUUAAGGACGGUUUCUGUUCCUGCCGGGACUAUUGGUAAGCAUGAGAAAGGGACUUGAAGAGUUCAACUGUUAAGUAUAGUUGAUCUAUUUUGAGAUAAUUCUGGAGUCUAUGGAAGCCUACAAAAGGCUGGUUCUGACAUAUUAAGAAGGCACUGUUUGGUUUUUCAGUUUUUAACAGUGUGGGUGCCUAUUCUAGUCAACUUCUCCUUGGAAAACUGCUUAGGAGGUAAAGCAGAAGAUUCUGGAAACGAAUAUAUUACUUUCUUUCUCUUGAUAUUGAGAAUGUGGCACAUCUUCUUCAGGCUCCUUUUUCUUGGAGGGAUUGGCAUGUGUUAAUAUAAUUUCUACAGAAUGCAGUUUGAUUUAGCAAAACAUUAGUCGUCUUUCACGGACAGCAUCUAAAAGCUGGGUAAAACCCAUCAUGUGAUUAACCCAGAUCAAUACUCAGGAAUAUUUUUGUUCU